CGUAACUCACAUUUCGCGCUUGCCUUCGUUUGCCUCAAAAAUGCAAAAAAUAACGUCUGUUCUGCAAGCUACUUUGAGGUUUGAAAGUGUUCUUGUUGUUUACGGAUACUUUUAACUACAUUGACCUGUGUGUAGUAAACAUAAGUGUUCAGGAGUCUCCUAAACAACUUUGCAUCUGUCAUCAACAUUCAAACAUUCCUAUCCCGUUUACGUCAGAAAUAUUGUGACAAUGUUUACAACUUCAUGGUUAUAAAAAGAUGCAAUUUUAGCUUAAGGCUAAUAUUGAUCACGUAUUGAUGUGUGAAAAUUGAGCCUUAGGAUAUUAUUGCUUUAUUGAAUACCAGUGAUGUGUGUCGUGCGGACGUGUCUAAGUUCAUAACUCUCUUAAUCCAGCGCUUUCAACUGAUAGUCUAUUAUUAUAUCUCGCCGACAGGUCAUUAGAAAGCGAUUAUUGAGAGAGUACAGUUCCCGGGGGACUUGUGAAUGGGGUGAACAAGAUACCUCUCUGUUGCCAUAUUAAACAAAGAUCUUACUUGUUUACCUCUUCGAUCGAUAGCUUCAUCCAAAAUCUACGAUUUCGAGUGGAGUCAUUAAUAUUUUCAGACGAAUUUGGAUAUUAGUUAAGUAAUCAGGAGGAGGUCUCAGGAAACGGUUUGUCAGCUGAGGAAUAUUGCUUCGUCAGCUUGAGAUCCGAAAGGACAUUUGAUUUGCACCUUUUUGUUUAGCACCGUGGAAGAGAGAGAUGUCGUCCUCUUGUCUGAACCAAGCUGUGUGUUCUGGAAGACUUCAUCAGAUUCGUUUGCUUUUGGAUAUCGGCGUUAAAUCAACCAUAGUUGACAACGAGGGUCGGUCGCCUCUUAUGAUUGCCGCGUGUGGUCCAAAGGAUUCCUUAGCGACUCGAAUUGCUCGUCUUCUACUGGGCCGAGGGGCACGGGUGGAAGCCGUUGAUAACCAAGGAAGGACUGCCUUGUCGUAUGCCUGCCAACAUGGACAUUCUAAGCUUGUUAAACUUCUCAUAGAAGACGACUGCGAUAUUAAUUUGGCUGAUAAAGAUGGCAACACCCCCCUGAUGUACGCGGCUAUGUCGGGCAGUGUGCCCACAUUGCGUGAAGUGUUAAAUAUUUUGUUAAAAUACAGACUUAGUGUGGAUUUGAGAAACAAGAAAGGCUUUUCUGCAUAUUUGUUAGCGGCCAAGAUGGCUAACUGGGAAUGCGCGUGGAUCCUGAAAACGGAAGCGAAUGCGUCGGUUGAUGUGCGGGACACGGAGUUUUUCUUAAAUGGUAAAGAAUGGGCCAAAAAGGUCAGGCGAAACUUGGAAAAAGAGAAAUUUGAGAAGUCCGUGCAGUUGAUUGCUCAUCGACCCCGGCCGCAGACGUCGCUAGAACUCGGUCGCGGGAACAAAAUUGUGAUUACACCAUGCAAUUCGCGGACAUUUUCACGACUAACGACCCAUAGUGAGCCCGCGGUGACUCGAAAAAUUGGCCUUGUGGAUAGGUGGUCGGUUGUUCACAAAGAUCUUAAACGUAAUAACGAAUUGGAGAUUACACGUGUUAAAAGCGCAUCUUCAACGUCUAACAGCAGCAGAGAGAGUACCAUUCCUUCGGUAGCGCGCACACUUACACCAGAUCUACACGCCAUAUUUAGUCAGUAUGUUCUGGUUGACAAUAAGCCAGCGGUCACCGUAGCUGACCGCAGGCCUGCUUAUGGCUCGUCUUCACGAAAGAUGAACGAGUUACCUGGGAAACGUUUGAUGAGAGAGUCUAGAAAUUCUCGAGUAGGCGCCAUGUCCCGCAAAAAAUUCUCCAUUACUAGAUAAAAAUGAAAGGUUUCAGUUGCUCGAUAUGAUUUAAAGUAUGGAUAUGGGGGGAGGGGGGGAGCAGUUUUCAUAAAAGUAGUUUACGUACCCUCCGGUUCCCCCUACCCCCUAGGGAAACGUUUCUCCUAGCAGGAAGGGUAGGGCUACACACGUUUGCUAUCAUAGAAGGGGUUACAGGAAACUGAAAACACGUGUAACAUACUGCCUUGUGAAAAGAGAUGAAGAAGUUCCAUGGAACGAAAUAUAUUUGCAUACCUUUUUUAUGGAGCGUAUGUUGGCAAAUAUAGGUGCUGAGCCGGUGCGGUCAGUUCAGAACAAAGCGUCGCCCCCUCCUCUCGGGUGUAAAUCAGUUUUCGCGCUCGCCUCGCGAGACUAAAAAUCAC